AUGGCUGAGGGGGACGCAGGGAGCGACCAGAGGCAGAAUGAGGAAAUUGAAGCAAUGGCAGCUAUAUAUGGCGAGGAAUGGUGUGUCAUUGAUGACUGUGCCAAAAUAUUUUGUAUUAGAAUUAGCGACGAUAUAGAUGAUCCCAAAUGGACCCUUUGCUUGCAGGUGAUGCUACCGAAUGAAUACCCAGGUACGGCGCCACCUAUUUAUCAACUGAAUGCUCCUUGGCUUCAAGGGCAAGAACGUGCAGAUUUAUCGAAUAGCCUUGAGGAAAUAUAUAUACAGAAUAUUGGUGAAAGUAUUCUUUACCUGUGGGUGGAGAAAAUAAGAGAUGUCCUAAUACAAAAAUCUCAGAUGACAGAACCAGGCCCAGAUGUAAAGAAGAAAACUGAAGAGGAAGAUAUUGAAUGUGAAGAUGAUCUCAUUUUAGCAUGUCAACCAGAAAAUCCAGUUAAAGCACUGGAUUUUGAUGUCAGUGAAAAUCGAACAGAAUUGGAAAUAGAAGAAUUGCCUCCGAUUGAUCUUCCUAUCACAGACCGAAGAAGUACUUUUCAGGCACACUUGGCUCCAGUAGUUUGUCCCAAACAGGUGAAAAUGGUUCUUGCCAAAUUGUAUGAGAAUAAGAAAAUUGCUAGUGCCACCCACAACAUCUAUGCAUACCGAAUAUAUUGUGAGGAUAAACAGACCUUCUUACAGGACUGUGAGGAUGACGGGGAAACAGCAGCUGGAGGGCGUCUUCUCCACCUCAUGGAGAUUUUGAAUGUGAGAAAUGUCAUGGUGGUGGUAUCACGCUGGUAUGGAGGGAUUUUGCUAGGACCAGAUCGCUUCAAACAUAUCAACAACUGUGCCAGAAACAUUCUAGUGGAGAAGAACUACACAAGUUCACCAGAGGAAUCAUCUAAGACUUUGGGAAAGAACAAAAAAGUAAGAAAAGACAAGAAGAGGAGUGAACAUUAA